AUGCCGCACUUUGACGAUCUAAGCACAUCUGAGCUAUACAAGCGCUUCGGUAAACCCGUUGAGGUUCCUAUCAGGCGAGUGGAUGGAAAGCCCGGUGGACCCCACGCGCCGCCGCAUGCCAUCUAUUCCAUGAAUUUGAGCAUGCCUGCUAACGAGAUGGAUAAUCCGGAAAUCAUCAUCUCGGACUACGGAACGUCCUUUAUUGUGGCAGACACACCCAUACCGACUCUCCAUACCCCGGCUCUCUACUCUCCACCAGAAGACUUACUCAACGAACCCAUCAUCCAUCCCACCGCAGCUGAUAUAUGGACCCUAGGUGUCAACAUGUACGAGGUCUUAGGCGAGCGUCCACUCUUCGAAACAUUUUCCUGGGACCGAGAUGAUAUUAUCGGCGAAAUGAUCAAUACGCUGGGCCGACCGCCCGUGAGAUGGUGGAACUCUUGGCUUAAACGUUCCGAAUUCUUCAAGGAGGAUGGGUCAUGGGUCGAUGACUUCCGCCGUAUCAGCACCCCAGUCUUCCGACGUCUACCCCAGCGCCUCUGGGAGAUGGGCCGUGGUGAGACAGCGCAGACGUGUGAAUGGGACGUUGCAGGUGGAGAACUACGUGCGUUGGAGGACUUCCUCAGAGCUAUGAUGACGUUUGAACCGGCGGAACGACCUACAGCGGACCAACUCCUGGGGUAUGAGUAUAUGGUGAAGUGGGCAUUGCCCGCGUGGGAGCGGCAGAAAAGGCAGAAGAGCAGAAUAGUGCCCAGCCUGUAG